GGAGAGCUGGGUUGAAGGAGAGCGGCUCCCGCUGAGGAGAUGUCACCGCGCUGAGUGAGUACGAGAACUUUCCUGCCGUCACUAGGGCAUUGUCCCUCAGACAUGGUGGCACCAUCAUUUCUCACUUGAAAGUAACAAAAAUUGGACCCUUUUGGCAGAAGAAACCACUAUCAGAUUAAUGGGAAAAUUUUUUGGAGUUUUGUCAAGACUUUGCCAAGAGGAGUACAGUUAUUUGCACAGAGAAGGUACCUCGAAGUUUCAGUCCAUGUUAAUAAGAAGAUAUGGGGGAGGAGACAUGACGGAGAUCACUUCCCUGCUAUUAAGCAGCUGCUAGAACUGACAGCCCUUAUGGCUUUAUAUGAUGAGGACAUCUUGAAUAACGCUUUUUAUCUGGCUAUUCAGAAACAGAGACCUGACCUUAUCACGAAAGUUGCAGAAAUUCACGGCAUUGUCCUGGUCCCAUGUAAAGGAAGCCUCACAAGCAGCUCGUUCUCAAACUGUCUUUUGGAGUCCUAUGUUCUUAAACCCACUCAAGGAGGAUUUCUGACAGAAAAUGGAAGAGAGAUUUUCAUCAAGAGUAACCUGGUUAAACUUGGAGCAGGAUUUGGAUAUUCACUCACUGUAUCCGUUCUGUUUGAGGAGACAUUCUAUAAUGAGAAAGAAGAAAGUUUUAGUAUCCUGUGUAUUUCCAGACCAAUAGAAAAAGAUGAAAAUCCAGAAGAAGUUGCUACCCAGUCCGCUACUUGCACUUUAAAGAACAUUGAUGAUGUGAAGGAAUUUCUAGGAAAACACAAGGAUAAAUUUGACAAAAGCAUUACCUCUUUCCGCAGCACAUUUAAAGGUCACGAGAGAAAGAAUCUUCGACAUUACAUAGAUUCUGUCAAUGCUUUGUAUACAAAAUGUCUGCAACAUUUACUAAGAGAUUCACAUUUGAGAACAAUUGCAAAGCAGGAAACUCAGAUGAAUUUGAUGAAGCAAGCAGUAGAGAUGUAUGUACACCAUGGGAUUUAUGAUUUAAUCUUCAAGCAAGUGGGGACCAUAGAGGCAAGUGAGGAUGCUGCAUUUAACAAGAUUACAAGAAGCCUUCAAGACCUGCAACAGAAGGAUAUAGGAGUUAAGACAGAGUUCAGCAUUAACAUUCCACGUGCUAAGCGAGUCUUGAGUCAGCUAAACCGAUGCACUUCACCUCAGCAAAAGCUGCUCUGUCUGAAGAAAGUGGUGCAGACUAUAAUGCAUUCUCCCAGCCAGAGAGUGAACAUGGAGACUAUGUGCGCCGAUGACCUUUUGUCUGUGCUGCUUUACUUGCUUGUAAAAACUGAGAUUCCAAACUGGAUGGCAAACUUGAGUUAUAUCAAGAAUUUCAGAUUCUGCAGCACAGCCAAGGAUGAACUGGGUUAUUGCCUGACAUCUGUGGAGGCGGCCAUUGAGUACAUUCGACAAGGAAACCUGACCCAAGCAGCUGUAGAUCCUGAUGGGGGUGAUAAAUCCUUGUUGUGGCAGAGAAUGAACUUGCUGUCUAGAACCUCCUCUGCCCCCAUUGACUGUUUAUUUCAGCACAUUGCUUCUGGGAAUCAAAAUGAAGUGGAGAAAAUUCUGAACCAAGGUGAUGCAGAUGAAGAAGUUGUACAGAAGUUGUGUCACCCUCUCUGCUCCUGCGACAGAUGUGACAAGUUGGCUUCAGGGAAGUUAAAUGACACUUCUAUUGUAACACCACUUUCUCGAGAUGAUCGAGGUUACACACCCCUUCACAUUGCAGCUAUAUGUGGCCAGUCUCAGUUUAUUGACCUACUGAUCUCUAAGGGAGCAGUGGUGAAUGCCACAGAUUACCAUGGCUUUACACCUCUUCACCUUGCCUGCCAAAAAGGUCAUCAGAAGAUAGCGCUGCUCUUGUUACAUUAUAAGGCAAGUAGAGACAUACAAGAUAACAAUGGGAACACUUCACUGCACCUGGCUUGCACUUAUGGACAUGAAGAUUGUGUAAAGGCUUUAGUUUAUUUUGAUGUAAACUCAUGUAGAAUGGAUUGUGGUAAUGAGAAAGGUGACACAGCGCUGCACAUCGCCGCUCGCUGGGGAUAUCAGGGGAUUAUUGAAGUGCUGCUACAGAAUGGAGCCAGUACCAAUGUAUUAAACAAGAGGAAGGAGACACCACUGCAGUGUGCUUUGAACUCCAAGAUUCUGUCAAUCAUGGAAUGUGUACAUGUGGAGGACACCAGGAGGCAGAGUAUUACAGAGGUCUUCGUGCAGUCCCUCAGCCAGUCUCCACCUCGAUCUGCGGACACCAUCAGCCGUGACUCUUCUGAAUCCAGCCUCUCCUCACUGUCCACCAGACAAGAUGACGUCAAAAGCAAGUAUAAAGAUGUGGAGAAACUGUUGAGAGCCGUCUCUGAUGGGGAUCUGGAAAUGGUCCGUUACCUCUUGGAGUGGGUGGAUGAUGACUAUGAUGAUGAACUUGAAGACUCUUUGGUCGGGAAGGAGUUCUGUCACCCUCUGUGCCAGUGCCGCUCAUGUGGUCCUUAUCAGAAGAAGCUUAACAGGAUUCCCACAAAUGGUCUUGGAGUCAAUGUAACCAGUCGGGAUGGAUUCACUCCCCUACAUAUCGCAGCUCUACAUGGUCAUUCCGUUCUUGUGACUCUGCUUAUGAAACAUGGAGCUCAUGUGGAUGCAAAAAAUGGGAACCGAGCACUUCCUUUGCACCUGGCCUGUCACAAGGGACAUUUUGAGGUGGCAAAGCUUCUGAUGGAAUUCAGCACAGGAAAGAACAAGAAGGACAUGAAUGGGAACACACCGCUAAUAUACUCCUGCAUCGCAGGCCACCUUGAAAUCACAUCCCUUUUACUGGAGCAUGGAGCUUCUGUCAAUCUUUGUAAUGUAAAAGGGAACACUGCUCUCCAUGAGGCUGUUCGCAGGAAUCAUGAGGGUUUAGUCAAGCUGCUUUUAUUGUAUGGAGCUCCGGUGGAUGUGAGGAACAAGCGUCAGUACUGCCCGCUGGACUUUGCAAAGGAAAACACCAGAAUCAGACACCUUCUUCUAAAUGUCUCCAGCCACAUGACGACGGACAGUGGGGCAGCAGCAUCGGAGGAGCAGCCAGACUGCAUCAGGAAAAAAUCAGUGACCUCUAGUCCAGCAAGCUCAGGAGCUUCUGUUACUCCAGGAAAAUCUGAUGUUAAUCCAUCUAAAUCCAUAAAUGAGAAGAAAAUUAGAAGAGAUAAGAGCAUGCCCAACUUUGAUGAAGAUUUAUUGCAUCAGCUCUCCAUCAAUAGAAGGGAGGAUGGGAACAUGAAAUCAGACAAUGUCCGGAUUUGUGCUGAAUUCACAGAAGGUGCAAAAGAUGAAUUGGACUCUGUUCUAAAGGCGAAAUAUACUGCCAGGAGACACAGUCUAAAUGUAGCUUGUUCAACAGACACUGAUGAGAAUAUAAGUGACAUCAGUGAAACUCUGAAUGGGACAGACGUCAGCUCUCCUCUCUCCUGUGAGCUGGACCUGGACAGUGAAUCCUGCCAUCAGGAGCUGUCCGAAAUGAUCUCCCGGAAGGAUCAAGUCAGUGCCAAGAGCUCAAAUACCACCCAAAAGCUGGAUGACCUGGACUGCUCUGGGGACCCAGAAUGCUAUUGUGUAGCCUGCACAUUGGCCCUAGAAUCCUCUUGGUCUUUGGUUGACUCUUGCAGUUCAGUCUACUGUGAUGGUUCUGAACAGGAGGACCCCAGUGGAGUCAGUACUUAACCAGUGCUUGUCUGAUAACUAUACUUGUAUACUUAGCUGACAUGCGUAUCAUUGCUGCUGUGGUUUCACAUUGUCCCUUGCAGGGAAUGCUGUUCUGCAAUGUGGGUGCCUGGACUCAUCUGAUCUAGAACUAACCUGCAGUGUAUGUUGUCUGUCUUACUUGUGGACUUACACUAUUUGCUGAGUGACCAUACACUAUUUGCUGAGUGAUUUAACAUACGCACACUUGCACCCUCCUGCCUAACAUGUCACAUGACACGAUGUACAAUUCAUAUAAGAUAGAAGCACAAGAUCAUCUGUUAGAGAUUUAAAUACACCCCCCCCCCCCCCCCCCGAUGUAUCUGAAACCAGUCAGAAUUGCACAACCAAGUGAUUCAUAGUCUUUCUUUGUCAUUUUGCUGUAUGAGACAAGCUCAGUAAACUUAUAAUGGAACUAUAAUGCAGCGAGUCAGAAAGUGAAGCUGUUCAGACCCUUUUAAGGCUACUUUCACACUGCUGUUGUGCCCAGUCCUUAAUGGCCGGUAAAGGCUGUAAAAUAAAGAGCCUAACGGCCAUUUAUCGGGACAGGGCACAAGGGGAAAUAACGGGUCCCUAUGGAUCCCAUUUACUAUAAUCGGGUCCGUUGGGUGCCGUUUCUUUGUAGCGGGAGAAAGACUGCACAAGCAGUAUUUUUUCUCCCGCUAUUUUCCCCCGCUCCUCUGAUGGCCGUCACACGGCCGUGUCCUAACAGCAGUGUGAAAGAAGCCUAAAAUGAGCAGCUCACUCCCCAACUGAUCAAAUUCUUUGACAUGUCAAGUUUUUUCUAAUGACUGGGACACUUUAAUACUGCAGGUGUUUAUUACUGUGAUCUGACACUGACCUAACAAGGGAGGCUAAAAAUAAACAGCUUCUUAGUUCUUAGUUUUUGAAAUUUCACAUAUUCUAGUACAUGGUCUCUCUCAGCCAGUAAACAGGACCGUGUGUUGCCACAUACUUUCUCCAAACAGAGCUCUGAAAAGCAUCAGGUUAUACACUAGGUGAGGCUGGGUUCACACUAUGUUUUUGCAAUACAGUUCCCGUAUACGUUUUCAAUUUGAAAACCGUAUUCAUUGGCUCUCCAUUGAAAACCGUAUGCCAAAAGAUGCAUCAGGUUGUGUCCGUUUUGCAUCCUGUAAGGUUUUGUCAGCUUUUUUUUUUUCCUGUACCCAAAACCGUAGUCUACCAAGGUUUUUGGUCUGGGUGAAAAACCGUAUUGAAACGUAUACAUGUUUUUUAAAUAUGGGAGUCAAGUGGGAACCAUACAGAACCGUACGUGCGUACAGUUCCAUACGGUUUUCAUCAUAUGGUUUUUGACUUUGCACAGUUUUUUUCUUGGAAUUUCAAUCAAAAAAGUAAAACUUUAUUCAAAGUUAAAAACGUGUACGUUUUUUUUCUUAAAAAAAUGCAUUCAACCGGACAUAAUUUUUCAACCGUAUACGGUUGGAUUAAAAUUUGUACACACAUUUUAAUAUAGUUUUAGUCCGGUUUUGAGAAAUCUGUUUUUUUUUUUAAUCAAAAACCUGAUACAGGUUAAUUGCAAAAACGCUGUGUGAACCUAGCCUGACAUUUCAUCCCCUCGUCACUUUUGGGGAUGUUUUAAAAGGUGCAAUCACAUUCCCUACCACAACUAUUAGGGGUUCACACUGAUGUCCUUGUAGACCAGUUUUAGUGAUAGGUAAUAACUGAUCUUUUGACUAAUCCAAUAUCCUUUGUUUUACAGAAGAUUGAAAGGGAUGUAAUUUUGUUACAUAUUGUAAAAUGUCUUUAUUGGGGUGGUAGAUGCAGGACAUUGUUAUAUUAUAGCAGUCACUGUAUAUAACAGAUAUUACCUACAGAGCCACUCUGUGCACUUACAUGCAUGUGGUUUGCAGAUCUUCUAGUGUUAUAAUCUGAAUUUUCAGCGCAUCUAUGUGCAAGUAAAAUUAAUAAAAAAAAGCGUUUUGCAAGAUAAAUCUUAAAGGGUCUGUCUCCCGUGGUUACUUCUAAUUUUUCCUGCUCCUCUCAAAAGUUACACAAAACAGAAUAGCCCAUGAGGCUCCGUUGUUUGUUUGAAGUCAACAGGAGUUCCACAAAUGAUGUAACUUCCUUGCUUCAGCUGCUUUUGGCUUUCCUGAAUUCCUUUGGCCACUGCAAAUAAUCGGGAAAAACCAGGAGUAACCAGGUGGAACUAACCUUUUAAACUUCCCUAUAAUAAAGACAAGGCUAAGAUCCACAGCAGCCUGCAAUUUCAACCUAGUCACGGCCCAGCUUUAUUAACCUAAUAAUGACUUUAUUGCUUAAUGUAGUGAGUGCUGAACCAUAACUGCAUUUUAGGAUUUCUGGAAGGAAAAUGAUUAAUGGGGUAACAAUUGUUUUUAAAGUAUUUUAUUUUUCUUCCAUGUAUUGCCUUGGUGGUGCUGAUUAGAAUUAGCUAUCAGUAAGGUUUCAUCUUUCUGCGGAGUUGUUUUAGCCUUCGCUAUACUGCCAUGCUACUGUGGUGCAGAAAUGUAUUUCUAAUGGCUUUGCUGCAGGGAUCAGAGAAUCUCUAUGCAGAGAAGUAGCUGUGAGGAGAGUCAGAGGUCAGUGCCCAUUCCUACUAUUGCUCCCCAAUCUAUUAGAGAACUAUAAUACUUCCAUAUAAGAUCAUAAAGACAAAAAUAAGAUCCACAAUGCAAGUUCUUUAAUUAGUUGGAAACAUUUCCCAUGAAGAUCAUAAUACUGCAGCAUUAUAAGUGGGCACUACAUCAGUCUAAUAAGGGUACAUUUUUAGAGUAGGGCGUCUUGGGCUGCGAUCACACAUUAAAUGCACGUGGUCAAAAAAAUCUUGCAAUGUAUUCACACACACUUUACGGGUAGGAUCACGUGACCUCUUUUGCUGCUGCAUAUUUUUCUAAUCAUUGAAGUCAAUGGGUGGCAAAAUCAGCUGCUAUUGUGCCGACUAUUGACUGACUUCAAUGGGUAGGAAAAUACGGCACAUGUGACCCUACCCUACAUGUGUAUUUUAAAGGUAUUGAAAAUGUUUCUACUUUAAAAUACAUGUGUAUAUUUUGUGAAUAUACUGUAGAUUAAGUAUAUGUUUACAUGCUGCUUCAAAUAAGUUCUAAUAAAUGUGUAUUGCUCUGCCCAAAACAAAGUAUUUAAAAUAAGUUGCAGGAAAGCCACAGCCUAUGAACAUAACUUAAGAGUUGCCCAUCAUUCUUAAAAUUUUGCUAAUACUAUAACUUUAAAGAAUAAUUUUUUCAGACCUUCUUGGUAAACCCUAAUCUGGUUUAAAUACUGCUACUCAAAGGUGUAUAUAUGGAAGGAAUAUAAAAGAAUGUUAAAAGUAAAGGAAAUAAGGUGCCUUUUUUAAUUUAUCACUCACCAAUUUCUAGUACAAUGAAGGUUGCCACAGGGCCCCGGUGGAGACAAGGGCGUAUACAACAAUCAAAAACACACAAUGGAUAAAAAAAAAAUAUAUACCGUAUAUAAAAUUAUAAUAGACCCUGUAUAACCAGCCUUACAAAUUACAAUAUUUCAGUAAAUAGUUGCAGUAGAAUCAAAUGUUUAAAAAAAAAAUCUUUUUUGGCUGAGAGUAUCUUAAAGUGUCUAUUUUGGCCAAAGUUCUAUUGAAGGUGAUGUCCCAUGUAAAGGAAUUCUGUUUGAUACAGUUACUAUUUCUAGUGUUAACUACUUUUGAUAGAGGGAGAGAUCGUAGCUACAGAAUAUGUUAUGUUUGCUGUAGAUGAGUGAAUUUAAGACUCUAGUAUUGCUCUUAUGGAGGAAGGAAGAUGAACCUUCCUGUUGGGGAAAUAAAUGAUGCACCACUCACUGAUUCCGACGUCUGCUCCCACACGACUUGGGUCCAAGAACAGAAUUCCUUUACGGGUGAUAUCACCUUUAAAUGUAAAUGUCUGUAUUGGCCGAUGUUAUAUUUUCAUUUUUGACUAAGUACCCCCAAAUAUUUGAUUCUACCACAACUGUAGCUAUUUACUGCAUUAUUGGGAUUUGUAAGGUCAGUUAUAUAGUGUAUAUUUUACAGGUGGUUUUUAUAUUCACAAUUUUUAAUCCAUUUUAUUGUGUUGUUGAAUGUUGUAUACGCCCCCAGGACUCUAUAAGGGCCCGGUGGCAACCUUUGUUAAACUAGAUAUAGAUACUAGAGAUGAGCGAACUUACAGUAAAUUCAAUUAGUCACAAACUUCUCGGCUCGGCCGUUGCUGCCUUUAGCCUGCAUAAAUGAG